AUGCUUUACUUGAAAAUUAUAUUUUCUGCAUAUUCUGUUUCGAUUUUUUUUGUGUCAUUGAGGACAAUGUCAUUUUUAAGUCGGGGGGGAAGUAUUCAUUAUUAA